UCGUUUCUACAAAAGAAGAAUUAUAUACUUUCUCUCUCUAAACGACAUCGUUUUCCAGGUCAAUCGUUCCAGACGGGCUGCCUCUGCAAAGGAUCGGAACCCAUGACAUCGUUAUCCAUCCCUUCUCAAAUUACAGUGAAGAGUCCUUCAGCAGGGGAAACUAGAAAAACGUAUACAAUCUGCGCAUCUCAGAAAUCUCCAAUUCUGAUCGGAGUCGGACGGUCCUCUACAUUAAGGAAUUUCUCCUCGCGGUUCCGCAUGAGUGUGGAUAAUGGAGGCGCUGAUCGGAUUGGUGCUGGAGAUGCCGUGAUCAUUGUCGACCAUGGCUCUCGCCGCCGGGAAUCUAACCUCAUGCUGAAUGAAUUCGUUGCUAUGUUUAGGGAUAAAACUGGUUAUCCUAUUGUGGAACCUGCUCACAUGGAGUUGGCUGAACCGUCGAUAAGAGACUCAUUUGCAUCGUGUGUCGAACAGGGGGCCAAACGUAUCGUUGUAAGCCCGUUCUUUCUCUUCCCCGGUCGACACUGGCAACAGGACAUUCCUUCCUUAACAGCUGAAGCAGCAAAGGAUCACCCGGGAAUAUCGUAUAUAAUAACUGCUCCUCUCGGUCUUCAUGAACAGCUUGUGGAUGUUGUGAAUGAUAGAAUAAGUCACUGUUUAAGCCAUGCUGCUGGAGUUGUAGAAGAAUGUGAAGUCUGUGCAGGAACAGGCAAAUGCAAAUUUAAUUGAGUUGGGAUGAAGGGCCUAUAGCAAUGUGGAGAAGCAACAGAAGGGGAUAAUAAGGGUUUCCAGGUAUCAAUGGCUUGAGAAUCUAUCUAUCUUGUUUGAUAUCAAUGCUUUGUAAAACUUGACCAUUUUGGUUGUUUUUCUUUGUUGUAUUUUCACAUAUGACUACAAUAUGCUCAAUAAUAUUUGUUUCCAAUGGUUUAUAUGCUAUCAAA